AUGAAGCUCCUGCUUCUCGCGCUGCUGGCCCUGGUCGGCGCGGGCGGCGCGGAGGAGGGCGCCAGGCUGCUGGCCUCCAAGUCGCUGCUCAACAGAUACGCGGUGGAGGGCAAGGACCUGACCCUGCAGUACAACAUCUACAACGUGGGCUCCAGCGCUGCCCUGGAUGUGGAGCUGUCGGAUGAUUCCUUUCCCCCGGAGGACUUUGGCAUCGUCUCUGGGAUGCUCAAUGUCAAAUGGGACAGGAUCGCUCCGGCCAGCAAUGUGUCGCACACGGUGGUUCUGCGGCCUCUCAAGGCCGGUUACUUCAACUUCACUUCUGCCACCAUCACGUACCUGGCGCAGGAGGGUGGGCARGUUGUGGUUGGUUUCACCAGUGCCCCCGGGCAAGGAGGAAUCCUGGCUCAGCGCGAGUUCGACCGGCGCUUCUCUCCUCACUUYCUGGACUGGGCGGCGUUCGGCGUCAUGACCCUGCCCUCCAUCGGCAUCCCGCUGCUGCUCUGGUACUCGAGCAAGCGCAAGUACGACAGCCCCAAGCCCAAGAAGAACUGAGCAGAGACGGCGGAGAGCAGCCCGGCGCCGCGGGGACAGCAGCUGUGUUGGGGCAGCAACAACCGGCCCCGAGGCUCUGGCUGUGCCGAGCUCGGCACCGCCUGUUCCCACCGCUGUGCCGCCGUUGCCUUCUCCCUAAAAACACGCAGCCCCCRGCUGGAUCAGCUGGAGAUUGGCCUGGCAUCGGCUGGGGCCAGCCCGGCAUCGGCCGGCUCGGCGGCCUCCUCCAAUGCAGGCGCGUCGCAGCUUGCUCCCGUCCUCUCGACUCCCUAAAUUCCGCACCGGAUCCCUCCCCUUCCACGCGCUUCCAUGCCUGUGGAAGCACCCGGGGGCUCAAGCU